AACCCAUGGGAUUUCACCAUCCCCUUCAUUUCCUCCAAUCUGCCUCCUUCCCUCCUAAAAUCCCCCCAAAUAAGAAAAAAGAGAGAGGGAAAAAAAACAACCCAAACUAUGAGUGCAUAGGGAAUUGAGGUUCUUAAUUACAAUACCUAAUUAGUUGCUGGGGAGAGAAUUGUUUUCCGUCAAAGCAAGACAUGGGCUCAUUGGUGGGGCAUGUAGCACCAGGGGUCGGCUUCUUUCUCAUAGGCCUGUGGCACCUCUUCAACAACAUCAGGCUCCACGUGCGGUCCCCGAGCUCGUACUCAUCGCUGCCCUGGUUCCCUGCCCCGAGGAUCAGGUACCUGGAGUUGUACGUGAUAUUGUUCGGGUGUUCCCUGUCCGUUGCAAUGGAGCUCUUCAUAGGCCCGGACAGGCACCAGCCCCUGGACCCCGAUGGCACCAUCCCUUCGAACCACCUCCGCAACUUCGAGCACUCUUUAGUCUCCAUCUCCCUCUCAGUCUAUGCAGCCGUGGCCAUCGUCUUCGAUCUGAUGGCGGGGCCUGCGAAAGCUCGUUCCGGGGUUCUAUUCGAUCUCACCCAGCUAGUGGGAGCAAUGGCCUUCGCCCAGGAGCUCCUCCUCUUCCACCUCCACUCGACCGAUCAUAAGGGCCUGGAGGGGCAAUACCACUUGUUGCUCCAAAUGGUGGUCUUUGUCUCCCUCACCACGACCUUGAUCGGGAUUGCUGUCCCGACGAGUUUCGUCGUCAUCUUUGUGAGGUCUGUCAGCAUCUUACUCCAAGGAAUUUGGUUCAUAGUCAUGGGCUUCAUGUUGUGGACCCCAGAGCUUAUGCCCAAGAGCUGCUUCAUAAACAACGAGAACGGCCACUUGAUAGCCCGCUGCCACAACGAUGAAGCCCUCCACAGGGCAAAGUCGCUAGUGAACAUCGAGUUCAGCUGGCUUCUCAUUGGGGUCACGAUCUUCUCCGUAUCCCUCUACCUCAUCCUAGCAAAGAUUUAUGGAGACAAAGUCCAAUAUCACUCUUUAGACACGCAAACAAAUGAUGUGGAAUCACAGAAGAUAAGUAAGAUUCUUAGCCACGAAUCAUCAGAGAGUUUUAUUCAAUUAGGUAAAAUAUACAAUUUGUAAUCCGUCCUAACAGGGAAAAUUGAACUAAUCACUUGAUCAUGGCGUACACGAUAUUUUUAAGUUUGCAAAGUAUUAUGUUGGAUUGGUGGUUAUGUCUGUAUAUGUUGGAAGAUGCAGAAGUUUUUUCACAUUGAUCGUAUAAUGUUUUUAACUUAUUGAUUGAAAUUAGUUCACGUUGCUAUAGCAGCUUAACACUGGCUAGGGAGUGCUUCCAAUUGGAAGCCCGCAAUGCUAAAUCCACUCACAUGGACUGUACUUUGCCAACUAUUUUGUAUAUCGUCGUUUGUGAGAUGUGGGAGUUCAUCAUUGUAUUUUUUUUUU